AUAUAACAAUUCCUCAAGUUGGAAUUUAUCAAUAUGUGACUAGUAAUCCAAACAAAAUUCCAGACGAUAAGGAUAUUUACGUGGACGGGAUUACUGGUAGAAGUUACACUUUUGGCGAAUUUAAACAUGAAUCGAAAAAAUUUGCUGCAGGAUUGCAAGAUAAGUUAGGAUUUAAACUAACGACAACUAAUCCAAAAUAUAUAGUAACUGAAUUAUCUUAUCAGCUAAUCGAUUCAGGUGCAUCAGUUUUGAUCGUGCAUCCAGAACUUCUUGAAAUCGCUAUUGAGGCUUCAAUUGAUGCAAAAAUUCCCACCUCCAGGGUAAUGUUGUUUGGUGAUAAAGAAAUAAAAGGAUAUAAACCUUAUCGCUCUAUUUUAAUCGGUGAUCGUGAAAUUGAACCGAUUUAUUAUACUCCUGAAGAAGCAAAAUCAACGACUGCUUAUUUGUGUUACAGUUCUGGAACAACCGGAAAGCAAAAAUGUAUCGAACUUACUCAUACAAACAUAAAUGUUCAUUUGGCUCAAUUAAUUAUUGCAGGUUGUAAACUUGGACCACACAGUAUAAUUAUGGGAACCACACAAUUUUGCCACGGUUAUGCUUUGAAAGUUAUUCUUCAUGGGGCCUUAAUUCAUGGUGCUACAGCAAUCAUUCAUUCAAGCUUCAAUGUAAAAACGUUUGGCGAAUCAAUUCAAAAAUUUAAAAUUAACUAUAUUUAUGCUGUUCCGCCAACUAUACUUAAACUUGUCAAUGAUCCAUUGGUUCAACAAUUUGAUUUAUCAAGUGUUGAUAUGAUUAUCAGCGCUACAGCUCCGUUAAGUGAUAAAUUGAAAAGAAAAUUUUAUGAAAUGUUUAAAAUACCAAUUUUUCAAGUUUAUG